AUGCCAUUUGUAAAAGACUUUACCCCAGUUGCUUUGAAGGACACUACAUUAUUUAAGCCAAUCCAAAUUGGUGAUAUUGAAUUGAAACACCGUGCUGUUAUGCCUCCAUUAACCAGAAUGAGAGCACAUCACCCAGGUAACAUUCCAAACAGAAAUUGGGCUGCUGAAUAUUAUGGCCAAAGAUCUAGAUAUCCAGGCACCUUACUUAUCACUGAAGGUACAUUCAUUUCCCCACAGGCAGGUGGGUAUGAUAACGCACCAGGUAUAUGGUCCCAGGAACAAGUUGACGAAUGGGCUAAAAUUUUUAAAAGAGUCCAUGACAACAAGUCAUUUAUCUUUGUUCAAAUAUGGACUUUAGGUAGACAAUCCUUUGCUGACACUCUAGCAAGAGACGGUUUACGUUAUGAUUCUGCUUCUGAUGAUAUAUAUAUGGAUGAAGAACAAAAGGAAAGAGCUUUGAAAGCUAAUAACCCACAACAUGGUAUUACCAAGGAUGAAAUCAAACAAUAUAUCAAAGAAUAUGUCAAAGCUGCUAAAAAUGCUAUUGCUGCUGGUGCAGAUGGUGUCGAAAUCCAUUCUGCUAACGGGUUCCUAUUAAACCAAUUCUUAGAUCCAAUCUCUAACAAACGAACUGAUGAAUAUGGUGGUUCAAUUGAAAACAGAUCUCGUUUCGUAUUAGAAGUUGUUGAUGCUGUUGUUGAAGCUGUUGGCCACAAGAAAGUCGGUAUCAGAUUCUCUCCAUACGGUCUUCAUGGUACUAUGUCUGGUGGUGCCGAACCAUUAAUUGUUGCCCAAUAUGCCCAUGUUAUUGGCGAAUUGGAAAAAAGAGCUAGACAAGGUAAAAGAUUAGCUUAUAUCCAUGUGGUCGAACCACGUGUCACUGAUCCAUUCUUAGUCGAGGGUGAAGGUGAAUACGACCAAGGUACAAAUGACUUUGUUUACUCUAUUUGGAAAGGUCCAGUUAUUAGAGCUGGUAAUUUAGCUUUGCACCCAGAAGUCGUUAAGGAACUAGUUAAAGAUGACAGAACUUUGGUCGCUUAUGGUAGAUUCUGGAUUGCCAACCCCGAUCUCGUUGAAAGAUUAGAAAAGGGUUUACCGUUAAACAAAUACAAUAGAGACACCUUCUAUGCUAUGACUGAUAAGGGAUACAUAGAUUACCCAACUUAUGAAGAAGCUGUUAAGUUAGGCUGGGACAAACAAUAA